AUGCAAUCAAAGCUUUCCAAAAGUGGAUUGGUUGUUAAAAAGAUAUGUGAUACUCGCUGGUCUGCAAGACAUGAUGCUAUAAGAGCAUUAGUUCUGGCACCACGUUCUAUAAAAGAAACUCUAGAUGAAAUUGCACUUGAUGAAGAUCAAACAUUGUCCACUAGAAAUGACGCAACAUCCUUAUCAGAAAAACUCAAAUCUUUGGAAUUUGCGUUGAUGGCUGUGUUUUGGAAUGAUCUUCUAAAGCGAAUACACAUAAGUAACUUGUCACUUCAAACAGUGAGCCUGAAGAUGCCUUCUGCAAUCGAUCUAUUGAACAGUCUAGAGCUAUUCAUUUCGGGGAUGCGAAAUAAAGAAGAAUACCAACGGUAUCUUGAUAAGGCCAAAACGUUUCUAGACAGCACCGAACAGCAAUUCAAAGAUGAAAUGAAAAGGAAAAAGAAAAGACCAAGACUGGCAGACGAAAGUGCAACAAAAGAAGUGGAGUUAGUUGGUGGAGAGAAAUUUUACAUUGGCACGUAUUUGCCCAUCAUCGACAGCUUACAAACAGAACUUUCCACGCGAAAAGCUAGCUAUGAUGUUAUUGAACAGAGAUUUGGGUUUAUCUGUGCAUUACGAACAGAAGAAAUUUCAGAAGGGUGCAAGGCCUUAACACAUGCAUAUCCAGGGCACUUUGAUGAUGAUAUGGAGCACGAAAUGAUGCAAUUUUUCAAUUAUGCUAAGGAACCGCUUCAGAAAUACAUAACCAAAGUGAGAGAAUGUAAAAAACAAACGCAAGGGAAAGAAAGAGUCAGCAGAGGAAAAGGAAUGAAAGAGCAAGAGCUUAAAGAAAUAUCAACUGGGCAGUUUUUACUUAACCUUGUCAGGAAUAACAAUACCCAAGCCACAUUUCCCAAUGUUAUGAUCGCUUUGAGGCUAUUGUUAACAUUGCCUUGCAGUGUUGCCUCUGGAGAAAGAAGCUUCUCCAUUUUGAAAAGAGUUAAGAACCAGUUUCGUUCAACAAUGUCACAAGAAAGAAACGUGGCACUGUGUUUGAUGGCAUCCAAUACGGAUAUUUUAAGAAAAUUAGAUGUUCAAAAACUUAGUAGAAAAUUUGCACUUACUAAGGCAAGAAAACACAAAUUUUAG